ACAGUAUUUGAUAGUGUACCGAAGUGUUAUUGAAUAUAUUCUUUCAACUAAAAGGUUUAUGAUGUGAAAUUUGGUCUGCAUCUCUUAGUACACUCGAUCCUCGCGUUCCUUUCUUCUCAAAGAAAAAGUUUUUUCUACCGUGACGAACAUUCGGAGUGUAGCAAAACUUUACGGUUUGAUCACGUUCAAAAAACGUCAUGUUUAGCGUUCACGUUUAAGGAACAUCAACGUCCUUUAGUGCUAUGUUCAAAGAGAAUGCUAAACACGAACGCUGAACUUUUGCAAGCCUGCCCUAGACUUUCAGUCAACGGGAUAAUAUAUAUGUGUAUAUAAUAUAUAGUGCAGAAGUAAUGGCAAACAUGCUGAGCAUUAUUUCGCCAUGUUUCCGAAGUACUGGUGAGUUAAUUAUUUUUCCGUUACAAAGAUCCAAGUCUGAACUUCGUAAAAUAUAGAGAAGAAAUUUUUUCCUGAUUGAGUUUGAGUGAAAAAAGCUCUUUGCCGGUUCUUCUCAGAAAUGUAAUGAUAUAAAAUAUGUUCAUCACAAGUUACGAGAAAUUAUAGUUCGUUUUGUCAUCUAACGAUAGACAGCACCGAAGAUGAAACGACCACCAAAAUGAUUAUGUAGCACCUAUUUAUUAUGUAGCAACUUACAUUAUGACUGAAGCCGACUGGUGUGCUCUGGUAAAUAUCGAUAUUCUUCUUACAUACACCUGAACUAAUCUACUAAAAUUCGUCAAAGACUAUUGUUGUGCACAUUCAUCAUAUAUUCAACAAGUGGAGUGAGGUGAAAAAAGUAAAUAACGAUGUUUUCUUUUUAUUCUAUGCGGCGUGCACAAAAUUGUUGAAAGGUAGUGAUGUUGAUGCGACGUCGAAAACAUUAGUCUCAUAUAUAUAUGUAUGUGUUAGCGUCCAAAGUGAAAUUCAGUCCAAUGUACUUUUGGCCUAGAACAAAGUAAAAUUCCACUUUGAACUGAAAUUAGAAAGAAAUUUAUUAUAAUUUAUUUAUUUUUAUAAGAAAUUCUCCGUUUAGUUCGAUGCUUUGAGAAGAAAAGCGUCUGUUUGCUCACCGUAAUCGUUGAAAGAGUAUCAAAAGGAGCUAAGGGUUAUUUAGAGAAACAACAUCAGCUUUUGCAUGAAAAAAUAUUUGUGCAUGAAUGCUAUUCAAAGACUACAGCCACUUGAAUACGGUCUUUUAUGCGCUUCUCUCUUGCGUUUGUUUUUAACUCCGUGGACUAUAUAAUGCGCCUUGAAAACUCCUUCAUUGUAAAGACGAAACAUGGUGCAGCUUUAUUUCGCUUUACUCAUUUUUGUCUCCAUUUCUUCAACGUAUUCAGGAUCUACGUUCCUUCAAAAUAUUAGGCCAAAUACGACAUCGAAUGGUACCGCAGCUCGUUAUAGCUACGACGACGUUUAUGGAGGUGCAUGCCCUGAUGGAAGUUCACCCCGAUUGGGAUGCAUAGGUGAUCCGUGCACUACCGAUUGUUGUCUUGCCGGAGAUGGAAUCGUUGAAGUUCCGGGAACCAAUCGUAGCAAGCUUGUGGCUGAUCUCAUCUCAGGAGAUAUUGUGUGGUCGGUCAAUCAAGCAGGAAAAAUCGUUCAAUCUGAAGUCUAUAUGAUUUUCCAUAGCUCGCACACAAGUCAAACACUGUUCUCUGUGAUCUGGACAGAGGAUGGACAACAAAUUAGCUUGACGCCUCAUCAUCUCAUUCCAAUUGUACGAAAUGGGGCUACGAAAACUGAAUUUGUCUUUGCCGAAAGCGUUAAGACGAAUGACCAUGUUUAUAUGCAAGCAGCAGAUGGUGUCGAAGGUAAAACUGUCCUACUUAAAGUUCAUAGUGUUACCACGGAAGUGAAAAAUGGCUUCUACUCACCGAUCACUCAUGAAGCUCCGUUUGGAAAGUCGCCGCAAGCGACAGCGACAAAACAAGAUGUUCAGUUACAAGCCUAUCAACGUGUGUUCUUCCACGCAGCUCGUAUGCUACUGCCACAAUUCUUUUCGAUAUAA